AUGGUCACAGUCAGGUCCAUUGUGGCCCUUGCUGCAUCUCGGCAUUGGAUGAUUUAUCAGAUGGAUGUUCAUAAUGCAUUUCUAAAUGGUGAUUUGGUUGAAGAAGUAUAUAUGCACAUUCCACAAGGGUUUGUAAGCCAGGGGGAGACUAAAAAGGUUUUCAAACUUCACAAGUCAUUAUAUGGGUUUAAACAAGCACCAAGACAGUGGAAUAUGAAGUUGACAGAGGUACUUCUACAGAUGGGGUUCAAACGGAGUCAUUAUGACUAUUCAUUGUUCAUCAGAGAAGCCAAUGGUGACACAAUUAUCAUUCGUGUGUAUGUGGAUGACUUGCUGAUCACAGGGAACAAUGAUAAGUCACUAUAUGACACCAGAAUAGAGUUGCAGAAAAAGUUCAAGAUGAAAGACUUAGGGGAGUUAAAAAGUUUCCUUGGAAUUGAGUUUUCCAUAUCAAAGGAAAGAAUUCUUAUGUGUCAACGAAUGUAUGCACUUGAGUUGAUUUCUGAAACAGGUUUAGGAGGAGCAACGCCUUCUGGUACACCAUUGGAGUUGAAUCAAAAACUCAUAUCUGUAGAGUAUGACAAGUGCAUUCAGAGUUCCAAACAAGAAGGGGAUCAGGAGCUCAAAGAUCCUAGCUGUUAUCAGAGGCUUGUUGGAAGGUUGUUAUAUCUCGCCAUGACCAGGCCAGACAUUGCUUUUGCAGUGCAGGUUCUAUGUCAGUAUAUGCAUUGUCCCAAGGUGUCACACAUGGAAGCUUCUCUCAAAGUAGUCAGAUACAUCAAACAAGGACCAGGUCUGGGGCUACUUAUACCUGCAGAAAAUGCAAACAAGAUGGUUGCCUACUGUGACUCUGAGCGGGGAUAUUUUAUAGAGUCGGGGAGAUCAGUAACUGGAUACUUGGUUAAGUUUGGAAAUGCACUGGUGUCUUGGAAGUCAAAGAAGCAAAUGACUGUGUCCAGAAGUUCAGCAGACGCUGAGUUCAGGAGUAUGGCUUCAUGUGCUGCAGAAGUCACCUAG